AGAGAAGUGUGAGGACUGAGGGCAGAGCUGCACUGGCUUAGCAGGCAGUGUGUGUGUGUGUGUGUGUGUGAGAGAGAGAGAGAGAGAGAGAGAGACAGAAGUGUGUGUUGGUUUUUACAGACGAGAGAGACAUCAAGCUGCAGAAGGCCACACAGCAGUGACAAAGAGAGGAAGUCUGAUAAUCAGCUUGGGAAAUGACUGUGUAACUUAUUUGUUGUUCUCACAGACCAGGCAGCUCUUCGACAGAAAUGAAUGGUGAUGCCAGCAAACAGCGUUAUGUGUCAACCUUCAGGAUGCACAUCAAGUCGCCCCGUGCAUCUCCUGCACCAGAGAACGGGCCGGGAACUGUUGACGCUACACGCACUGACACAGGGUCUCUUAACAUCUCCUCAUGCAAACGCCUGGAUCCACCCGUCUUCGUAGAGCCCCUGGAGGACUGCUGCGUGGACGAAGGAGCUGACAUCAAACUGCGCGGGGUUAUCACGGGGAGUCAGCCAAUCAAAGUGUCGUGGUUACACAAUGGUGAAGUGGCCCGUUUCGGGAAACCUUCCUUCAAUGGCAGGGAGGUGAGUUUUGUGGUGACAGAGUCCUUGCCAGAAGAUGCCGGGGCCUACACCUGCCUGGCAGUUAACAGCGCGGGGAAGACAUCCUGCUGCGCCGCUGUGUUCGUCAGAGUUUCAUUUCUGAUGUUCUGCGGGGUUUUCUCUCUCCCUUUCCUCUUUCUGAAAACCAAUCCAGACUUUGAAACUAUCUACAGUCUGCAGAACCGCGUCGCAAGUAUCCCCACUUCUGCAUCCAAGAGCCUUACAGAGAAUGGAAGGUCACCACAGCCUCCCAGAGAAGAGCUACAGAGGUUCAGUGGAUCGACUUGUACUUCCCCUACAGGCUCUGAUAAGCUUAGCCCCGUCUCAGCGCCAAGAGAAGUCAUCCCAAAGAAGAGAGCCAACUCAGUAACAGGUCCGGUGUUACGCUUUGAAAAACCUCCACGGCACGUUAAGGUGGAGGUGGGACAAACUGCACGGGUGACCUGUUCUUUUGCUGGCAGUCCUCCUGUGGUGUCGUGUUGGAUCAGAAACAAAGAACAGAUAGUAGAUGGUCCUGAGCUUUGGGCAGAAAACACAGACCUCAGCACCACACUGGUGAUAGCAGAAGCCAAGCCACAGCAUACAGGUCGCUACACUGUUGUAGUGAGGGAUCGAAAGAACUCUGCACAGCACACGCUCACCCUUUCUGUCAUAGAGAGGCCCCAGCCUCCUUCCUCCUGUCCCGUGAUCUCCCCCAUCUCUGCCACCAGCCUUGUGCUGUCCUGGUCGGGCCCCUGCUACGACGGAGGCAGUGCCGUCCUGGGUUAUGUGGUCGAGGUAAAGAACCAAGGACGCGUUGAGUCUGGGGACUGGAGCGAGCUCACUGCCCAGUGUAAGAGCACCUCUUACAAAGUGAGCUCGGGGCUGCUGCCUCAACAGGAAUAUUGUUUCAGAGUGAGAGCCUACAACGAGGUGGGAGCAAGUGAGCCAGGACCAGUGUCGCCGGUGUUCAGGAUGGAGCAGAAAGAUUUAAACAAACCGCAGGAGGAGGAGGCCCCACAAGCCUUUACCAGUGUCACUAUUGAUUCUUCCCACAAAGUCACAGAUCACUUCCAUUUGCAGGAGAAACUGGGAAUGGGAAAGUUCGGCCUGGUGUUCAAGUUAACCCACAAAGAAACAGGACGUGUGUGCGCUGGGAAGUUCUACAAAGGCCGACGUGCCAAGGAGAGGGAGGCUGCCCGUAAAGAGAUAGAGCUGAUGAACUACCUCCACCACCCCAAACUGGUCCAGUGCCUCGCAGCUUACGAUCACAAGCCGGAGAUGGUCAUGGUCAUGGAGUUUAUCGCGGGCGGGGAACUGUUUGAGCGCAUCGUUGACGACAACUUCGAGCACACAGAACCGGCCAGUGUGCGCUACAUGCAGCAGAUCUUGGAGGGGAUCGCCUACAUGCAUCAGCAGAACAUCAUCCAUCUGGACCUCAAACCUGAAAACAUUGUGUGUGUUGACACCACCGGUACCUCCAUCAAGAUCAUUGAUUUCGGAUUGGCCAGCAGGCUCGAUGGCAACACGCCUCUGAAGGUGAUGCACGGGACUCCAGAGUUUGUGGCACCUGAAGUGAUCAGCUUUGAGCCCGUGUGUUUGGCCACUGACAUGUGGAGCAUCGGUGUCAUCUGUUACAUACUGCUGAGUGGUGAGUCUCCCUUCCAGGGUAACAGCGAUGCAGAGACCCUGGCUUUGGUUACAGCAGCACAGUGGGAGUUUGAUGAGGAGAGCUUUGAUGAGAUUACAGAGGAGGCCAAAAAUUUCAUCAGCUCCUUGCUCAGCAAGGACACCAGGCGGAGGAUGUCCUGUGAGGAGGCACUUGCCCACCCUUGGAUGGCAGCAUUUGACUCUGGAGAUCUCACCAAUACCAAGAAUCUUUCCAAAGAGAAGAUGAAAAGGUUUCUGGCCAGGCAGAAGUGGAAGAAAGCAGGUAAGGCCUUGUUGGCCUUGAAGAGGAUGGCGCUGCUGUCUAAAAGUGACAGCACCACAUCUCCUACCAGCCCUGGGGAAGACUCACCCCUGAGCCCGGAGGCAGAGCAUGCCCUGCAGUCUCUUGAGCGCAAGAUGCAGGGCCCACCCCAGUUCACCCAGAGCCUGGAGGACCAGACUGUAACUCAGGGAUCCAGUGCCCGUCUGUCAUGUCACCUCACAGGAUAUCCUGACCCUGAGGUAGUGUGGCUGUGUGGGGAAGAGCCGGUGGAGGAGUCGCCCUCAGUGCAGAUAGAGUACGAGGAAGAUGGCCGUUGUACCCUGGUCCUAGCCAAAGCUGGCCCAGGUGACACCAACAUUUACACCUGUCGAGCCACCAAUGACCAUGGAGAGACUUCCUGCUCAGCCAAACUCACUGUUCAAAAGUAGACUCCUGAUAUCCACGUGUGCAAAUAUGAAAUGUAUAAACAUAAUGUUCUUGAGUGCCUUGAAAAUAUGUAUUGUACAUUCUUCUUCUAAUACAAAAGGGGACUGAAAUGUACAUUAUGUACUGUGGCUGGAAAUAUAGUUUAACAAAUGUAUUAUUGUAUAAAAUAUAUAGACAGAUGAAUGUUACAGAGCUUCAAACAUAGAUAAAGGUUGAUAUUUCUUCUUGGGACUGAGAUGUGGUCAUUCAUUGUCUU